AUGAGCAAAGAAAUUGACGAAACGACGGCUAGAACUAAACAUGCAGUUCAGAAAAUAAUUGAUGCUAAAUUGAACGGAGAAAAAAUUGGUUCUUCUAUCAGUGGAUCUCAUAGCAACGACCCCAUAUACAUUAGAUACACGCCAAGUACAAAUCUAUUGAAUCAAGGGUCCUCCAAGAAACAAAGAAUCAUCAAAAUCGUUGACAAACAAGAAGAUCCGACUUUACCACCCAGUUUCAAAAUUAGGAAAACGCCCCAAGGCCCUUCAGACGAAGCACCAGUGCCAAUACUACAUGAGGAGACAACGGCGAAACUUACUAAGAAGGAACAGAAGAUAUGGACAAUACCACCUGCUAUAUCCAACUGGAAAAACACCAAGGGAUUUACAAUUUCAAUAGACAAAAGGCUAGCCAGUACAGUUGAAGAUAGUGAACGAUAUGAGAUAAGCGAUAAGUUUAGUACACUAAGUGAAGCCUUAGAUAAAGCGAACAAGGAAGCCAAAGAGGAACUUGAAAUGAGAGCUAGACUCAAUCAAAAGUUAGAGAAGCAAAAAUUACUCGAAAACCAGAAGAAGUUGAGUCGGAUUGCUCAAGAAGCUCGAGGUAUACCGGGAUCAAGAUCUAGUAGAAGAAGUAAAUGGGAGGUGGAGGACGAAAAAGAACAGGGUAAUAGGGAAAAAGAUAGCGCCGCUUUGAGAAGAGAGUGGAUUAGAAAAGAAAGAAGGCGUAAGGCUGAAAAGGAGCUACAUACAGGUUCUUUAAGUACCGAGAACAAAGUUAAAAUGCUUGCGAAGGAGCAAGGCAGAGAAGUGUCUGAGAGAGUUGCCAUUGGAGUGUCACAGAAUAAAGGUAAAAGAAGCGCCGAGAACAAUACCGAGGAAAUGUACGAUUCUCGUCUCUAUUUGAAGGCUGCGGGUACCAACACUCGCCACAGUGAAGACCAAGUCUAUGAUUCAGCACUUUUUGGCAAUACCUCAGCUAUCAACGAUAUAUACAGAGCUCGAGAACCGGAUAGAUAUAAGGGACUUGGUAGCGGUAGCGGUAGUGAUGCAAAUAAGGAGAAGAGAAAACUCGAUAAGGAAAGACGAUUCGACGAAUUGUCCUCCAAGGAGCCGACCGGACCUGUGGUUUUUGAAAAAGAUACGGCGGACAAAAAUAUUUCAUUGGAAGCCCACGGUUUGAAGACGAAGAAACGAGAAUGGGAAGAGUAA